GGCUCUCCACCAUUGUCCACUACCUCAUCCGCGGGGAACUGGGCUGGUUUGGGCUGACCAUCGCCUGCGGGGUGCCCGGCUACGUGGCUCAGCUCCUCAGCAUCCUCUGGUUCAGGGCGGACGGCCGCCCACCGGGCUGCUGGCUCCUGGUGCUCCACCUCCUGCAGCUGGGCCUCUGGAAGCGGUACUGGGAUGUUUUGUGGAUGGGGGCAAAGACGAGGGGCAGUGCCUGUGCCGGGGAGGUGCUAACACAGCACGGGGACGCGUGUGUGCUGCGGCUCCUGGAAGCUCUGCUGCAGACCCUGCCUCACCUCCUGCUGCAGGCCUACGUCGUCGUGGCAGUCGACCCAGCGAGCUUCGUCCCCGGUGUCAGCGCUGGGCUGUCCCUGCUCUCCCUCGCUUGGGCUUUGGUCUCCUACAGCCGCUUCGCCUGCCUGCUGAAACCUGGUCACCUCUGCCCGCCGGCCGCGGCCAUCCUCUGCCUGCUGCUCUGGAGGACGGGGAUGCUGGGGACCAGGGUCCUGGCGCUGGUGCUCUUUGCCAGGCUGUAUUCCGUUUGGGUUUUUGCUGUGGCAGGUGUCCAUUGGCUGCUCAUGUCCUUCUGGCUGGUGGCCCAGCAGACUGACAUCGUGGCCCAGCCCUGCCGCUGGAGGUUGUUCAAUUGCCUGGUGGGAGCCGUGUACGUCUUCUGCUACGUUAAUGUCCGUCCCGGUCCCUCCAAGCACAGGGUGGCCGUGUUUUAUGCAAUAAUGCUGAUGGAAAACACCCUCCUGCUGCUGCUGGCCACCCAGUUCCUGCAGGCAGAGGUGAGGAACAGCCUGUGCGUGACCGGGGCCGUCAUGUCAGGGUCUGUAAUAGGUGCUGCAGCUCUGGUGGUUUAUUACAGCCUGCUCCACCCCAAGUCCACAGAGAUCUGGCAGGGAUUCCUGGAGACAACCUGCAGUGCUGCGGCUGCCAGUGAUGACGAGGUUGCUGGAGAGAGCUCCCAAGCAGGGCAGACUCUGGGAUUUUCGGGAGAUGGAGUGUCCUUGGCAGGGGAAGGGACCAUGACAGAUCCUAAAAUUGGAAGCAGCUCAUCUCCCCUGCAAUUCGGAGGGUGUUUGGAGGACAGCUGGACAAACCAUCACCACUGGCUCCUGGUAAAGCUGGCCUUGAAGACAGGAGAUAUGUCCACAAUCAGCGCAGCUUUUGGAGAUGGUGGUGUGGGAGAGGUUUACCCUGGAGGAUGGGUGAUGGAGAAAGCUGCUGGUGUUGAACCCGGGGCAAACCUUUCCCUCCCCACGAGGGAAACUGGUUCUCAGGGUGUUGAAUCUGGUCUGACUGAUGAGAAAUUGCUGGCGACGGGGAAUGGAGGAGGUGGCAAACCCAGCGCCGGCGCUGCAAGAACAGCCCAGGAGGACAGAGAAGGGCAGGAGCCUGGUUUUCACCUGGCUAUAUCCUUUCCCAGCAGCUUCUCCCUGGAUCCAACCGAGGGAUCCUCUGUGUAUUUCAGCACAAGCAUGGGAGGCAUCGCCUCUCCUGGCACUGGAGCAGCCACAGCUACGUGCAUGGCCCCAGGGCAAAGGGACAGCGAAGCCCAGCCUCCCCCAGGAGGAGGAGGAGGAGGAGGGGAUUUAUCCCUUGAGGGGGCGAACAUCAGCCCAAUCCUGGGCUCUUGGGCCCACAAACAUCUGCAGAGCAGCUCCUCCCUCAGCAGCACGGAUGGCUGUGGGGUGGCAGGUCCCCCCAAAAAAGGGUCAGAGCCCAUGGGGCUGGAGGGUGCCCUCGUGGGGUGGCGUCACCUUUGGGACACCCGGCCUUGUGGCACACAAGGGACUGUCGUGAGGAGCAAAUUCAGGCCACCGUGCUUCACCUCCACCCCCAAGGACGACACUAGGUGGACACAGCAAGGAUUAGGGGAGCCGGGAGAGAGGACAGACCUGUCUGGGUUGCUGGAGCGACCCUGA